AGUCGCUCACUUCAAUUCGCCGAAUCAGUUAUUAUUAAGAAAAUAUGAGGUUAUCAGCGGGUAUUUACGUCUAAGUGAAUAAUGACUACCAGGAAAAUAUCGAACAAAUUUUUAUAUAAACAACGGUAACCAUCUCAGUGCAAGAUAUCAAAAAUGUUCGUCCUGAAGUUAGUGCCAUUAUUCGUGCUAUUCUUUCCUUUGAAUGCAGAAAAGAUAACAUUCAAAAAUGUGACAAUUCACGGCUACAGUGCGUUCACACAUAAGUUCGAAAAGUUGAUUCUUUCUUCCAAUUCUCUCAAGACUGAACUACCGAAAGUCGUAUUCGAUGCGGUUGAAAUCAGAGGUCAAGAUGUACCAAUCUUGUACGAGAACAGCAUCAGUGACAUCGACGACCUUGACGAGUUGAUACUGGAAGAAAACAACAUACAAGAAAUCGAACCAGGGACCUUCAAAAAUCUGUCUCUUAUACGUUUGAUCAAACUGAAGAAAAACCAACUCAAAACCAUCAAGGAGGGAAUAUUUAAUCAUCUUCCUCUGAGUGACCUUGACCUGAGUCAAAACGAAAUUUCUGUUAUUGAAGAUAAGGCUUUCGACAAUAUGCCCAAUUUAUUAAACGUGAGAUUGUCAUUCAAUAAAAUCGGCAAAUGGAAUAGGAACUGGUUCCAAGGUACUCCGCUCCUUACUCGAGUAUCCUUCCAACACAACCUAAUCGAAGAACUACCAGCAGACGCUUUUUCCAAUAUGGCGGGGCCCAAAAAUUUCGGAAAAAUACCCCUGACCUUGAAUUUGAUAUUCAGUUACAACAAAAUCAAGAAAAUAGAUCCGAACGCAUUCAGAGGAUUAGAAAAACUGAACAACCUCUGGCUCGACAACAAUCUUCUAGAGGAAAUACCUCACAAUUUCUUGAAAGGAGUAACUGUGCAUGAGUUGAGACUGAGCAGCAACAAAUUGACAUGUAUUGUAGACGAGGACUCUAUACUAAAAGCGGAAAUUAAUGAUAUUGAUGCUAAUCCGUUCGAGUGUGAUUGCUUGAACACAAUCAAGAAUUGGGCCGAGGAAAAUAACAAGACUGUUUCGAUUUUUUACUCCGAUAUGAACUGCUUCGCUGCCAGAUUACAAGGUAAAAUGAGGGAUAUAGAAAACAGGUUGAAGGAGAUGAAGCAAGGAAGAAAUGUAGAAAGUAUAACGAUUGGUUGAAUAUAUUUUGAUUCAAAUGAUAAUUUCAAUAGACUUUUCAGAAA